AUGAAUCUAUUUCACUGUCCAUUUUCUAUAAAUAACAACUGCUUUAUUUUUGAAAACUGUUAAUUUUUAGCUUCUAAUAUUUCCAUUAAUACAAGACAUGACACAGACAGAAUUUAGCUUUUUUGAAACAAUAACCUUGAACUUUCUCAAUUGACCUUGGGUCAAGGUCAUGACACACCCUUAGGUCAUAAGUAAUCUUUGUGUGAAGUAAGAACUUCCAAUGUUUCCCCAUAAGAAAGAUAUAGACCGGACACGAAUUUUGCUUUUUUUUGCCAGUGACCUUGACCUUGCCCAAAUGACCUUGGGUCAAGGUCAUGACACACCCUUAGGUCAUAAGUAAUCUUUGUGUGAAGUAAGAACUUCCAAUGUUUCCCCAUAAGAAAGAUAUAGACCGGACACGAUUUUUGCAUUUUUUCUGCCAGGGACCUUGACCUUGCCCGAAUGACCUUGGGUCAAGGUCAUGACACACCCUUAGGUCAUAAGUAAUCUUUGUGUGAAGUAAGAACUUCCAAUGUUUCCCCAUAAGAAAGAUAUGGACCGGACACGAAUUUUGCACUUUUUCUGCCAGGGACCUUGACCUUGCCCAAAUGACCUUGGGUCAAGGUCAUGACACACCCUUAUGUCAUAAGCAAUUAUUGUAUGAAGUAAGAACCACUUAUGUUUCCUCAUAAGAAAGAUAUGGACUGGGCACGAAUUUUGCACUUUUUCUGCCAGUGACCUUGACCUUGCCUGAAUGACCUUGGGUCAAGGUCAUGACACACCCUUAGGUCAUAAGCAAUCUUUGUGUGAAGUAAGAACUUCCAAUGUUUCUCCAUAAGAAAGAUAUGGACCGGACACGAUUGCACAGACAGACGGACAGACAGACAGACAGACAGACAGACAGACAGACAGACAGACAGACAGACAGACAGACAGACAGACGGACGGACGGACGGACGGACAAGGUGAUUCCUAUAUACCCCCCCAAACUUUGUUUGCGGGGGGUAUAAAAAUCCUACUUAAGGAGUGAUCGACAUAGUAAGAACGACACACAGUGCCAUCUCUUUCGUUUUCCAACCAAUGUAAAAUUAAGAAAAAAGUGGAUAGAGCUCUGCAGACGUGCUGACAGAGAUUGGAACGAAGGGGACCGCAUAUGUAGCUGUCAUUUCGAAGAAGGCUGCAAGGACAAAGGCCCCAGCAUAUUUGUUUAUUCUAAACCAAAAUUUCCACACGUUGCUGACAUUCGAAAAAGGAAGAAGUUUGCAGAAAUUGAAAAUGUGCCUACAGUGGAGAGUACAUGUACAAUCGGUACAUGUAGGCUAAGAUAAAAGAACUGGAAAUGGAGAUAAGGACAUUAGAAAUUGAUAUUGAGAGACUGAAGAACUCAAGGCCUGUAAUGUCUGUUGAUGCCAUGAAAAAUAACCAAGAAAAGAUGCUGUUGUACACAUCCUUUACAUAUGACAUUUUCAAGAUCAUUGUUGCCACUUUGCAGAGAUUUGAACCGCUGAAUUAUUAUUCAGGAUGGAAUGUCACAAAUAUGAGUUUGGAAGAUCAAGUUCUCAUAACCUUGAUGAAACUGCGACUCAAUCUACGGGAUCUUGACCUAGCAGACAGGUUUUCCACGAGUAGAGCUACAAUCCCUAACAUAGUUAACACUAUUAUUUGUGCUUUGCAUGAGAUUUUUUAUAAGGGCAUUAUGGUUAGAGUAGGCAUGCCCAGUCAGUUAAAAUGUAAGGGCUCCAUGCCAAAAUCGUUUGAAGAUUUCGGUUCUGCUAGAGCAUCAAUUGACUGUACAGAAAUAACACAGGACGUUCCUUCGGACUUUAAUCGACAAAGUGCAUCAUAUAGCAAUUAUAAAAGUCGGCAUACUGUGAAAGCGCUUACAGCUGUAGCACCCAACGGUUCAUGUGUAUAUGUUUCACCGUUGUAUCCCGGAUCUGUGUCUGAUGCCAACAUUGUUAAACAUUCACAUUUUUUGGAAAACCUUGUACCAGGAGAUCUUAUCCUAGCUGACAAAGGCUUUAAUAUCCAUGACCAAAUGCCAUCAGGUGUGCAACUCAAUAUUCCUCCAUUUUUGAUAAACAAGACUCGGUUUACAAGUAAAGAAGCCGAACUUUGUUAUAAGAUUGCUAGAAACCGAAUUCAUGUUGAGAGAGUGAAUGAACGAUUCAAGAACUACCAAAUUUUGAACCACAUACCAGCUAACUACCGUCCACUGUCUACAAAGAUAAUGCAGCUGUGUGCAUGUUUGGUAAACCUUCAAGCACCUUUGCUCAAAGAGAUUGCUUAGAACUUUUUGUAAGUUGUUUUCAUAUUGAAAGAAAAACAUUAAUUAGGUUUUUCCAUGAUGAUCUCUAUGAAAAAAUUAUUUAAUACUUAUUUUAUGUCAGCAGUAUAUUUUUCAUUUUGUAAAGGUGUAGCAGUCAUGGUUAUGAUAUUUGCUAGCUAUGUAAACAGUUUUGAUAAGAGAUGUAUAUCACUAUGCACUUUAACUGACACAUUGUUUAAACAAAUGUGCCUAGAUUUUUCUUUAAUCUAUAAUAUUUAAAUAUAAAAAAGAUCUGUGCCUGCGAUUUCAUUUAUUUUUCUUGAAAAUACUGUAUACAGAGAAAUAAUUGCCCCCGUUUUAUUUAUGCCCAUAUUGUCCGUAGGCGAAUUUAAAACUGAAUGAAUAAAAAUAAAACUAUUAACACUUAUGACAAAACUGCUUUUGGGCAAAUUCAAAACUUGGCGAAACCUUUUGCAAGUAUCAAAGGUCAAUAUAACUAGGGGCAAAAAUAACCCUGUAUACAGUACUUCAUACAUAUGUCUCAUACUAACUCGGUUGUGUUUUUAAAGAAACAAAUAAGUACAAAAAAUAACAAGUACAUGUAUUAUAAGUUUAAUUAAAUCAGUUUAAUGUUUGGCAUACUUGUUUAAAGAAUAUUAUUAGAGAAACAACAUGUAAUUUCAGUAAUAUGAUGAAAUAUUUUGUUCAUGAUACAAAUGUUAAAGCUGACCACGACUCUUACUAGUACGUUCACCAGAAACAGUCAGCAGAUGGGUAUCAAACUGUACAAUUUAUUUCUUGUUGACCUCUGGUAUGAACUUUUCAAAAUAAAAAUCGAUGAGUUUCUCUA